AUGGCCUUCUGUCAUCCCGGGUCCAAGCUCCGGCGCGCAUUGAUAAUGAUGGGCAAAGGUAACUGUCGCUUUAGGAAGCUGGGUCGGCAGAGGCGAAUCGGGAGCUAGAGCGCGCGGGUUUGCGUCCAAGACAAAGGUUCCUGUGCUUCUACGCGCUGAAGUCAGCGAAUGCAAUGUCACGAUGCCGCCUUGCGGUAUAUUCCACAAGCCAUACCUAUUAGGCAGGAAGAGAUUGGGGGCUUUUGGCGCGGCACAGGACUUGACAGUGGAUGGUUGCGACCUACUUAUUGCAGAAGCCACCACUUAUUUCUUGGGUCCCUUUGGCGGCGUGUGGAGUUGCCAUGAAAACAUCGCCAUUGGCCUUUGGGAGCCCCGGGCACGGUAA